AUGUCGUCUUUUUUUACAUUACCCGCUUCACAGCGAAAGCGGAAGAGAGACGACCGCGCUGCAGCUCCGGCAUCAAAAAAGCGAGGUGUAGAUGCGGACGGAGAUUCUGGCGCGAAGGGAAAGGGCAGGACGAGGGAAAGAGAUCAAUCUAUUUCUGGCAGUGACCUAGACGAUGACGAUGAAAGUGUGGCGUCGGCAGUAUCCGAAGAGGAAAGUGGUUCGGAGUCUGAGGAUGGUGAAACAGCAGCAGAGAGAAGAUUGAAGCUCGCUGAGAGGUAUUUGGAAAAUGUACGGGAGGAGGUGGAUGACUACGGUUUCGAUGCUGCUGAGAUUGAUCGAGAUUUGAUCGCCGAGAGACUAAAAGAAGAUGUGGUAUGUACCGUCUCUCUGUUUUUUUUAUCAACCCACCCAUACUGCGCAAUAUGCGCCAGAUGGACCAGAUGGCUGACGCUCGGAAAGGAUGAAUUUAAAGGACGCUCUUAUCGUCAGAUAGCUUCAAACUUAGCAUUUUCGACGGCGAUACCAUCGUUUUUCCGCGCAGAUACCCAGUCGACAACUUCAAUUGCAGUACACCCGCCUUACGUUUAUACAGUGUCAAAAGACAAGACCUUGAUCAAGUGGGAACUCGCAACGCCGAGUCACGCUUCCGCAACAGUUCCAGCGGCAAAUUCGCAGAAUGAGGAAUCUAAGCGUCCAGCAAAACCUCAACGGAAAAAGCCAAAGCAAGUGAAAUUCGCUCGGGGAUUAAGAAAAGUCGCAGAGACUGGCGAGGAACAUGGUCAUACCAAGGCUAUCCUUUCAGUAGCUGUGUCGCCUUCGGGAAAGUUCGUGGCUACUGGUGGAGAGGACCGGAAGUUAAUCAUUUGGGAUGCUGCUACUUUGACGCCAAUGCAGACCUUCAGCCAGCACCGUGAUGCAGUUAGCGGGCUCGCUUUCGUCCGACACAUCUCCACUAUGAGCUCCGGUGAACAGUUAUUUUCCGGUUCCUAUGAUAGAACCAUCAAGACAUGGUCCUUGAGCUCAGCAGGCCAUGCCUACGUUGAAACCCUGUUCGGGCACCAGGACAAUGUGUCGUCAGUCGCCGCCAUGACUAUCGAUCAGUGCAUCAGUGUUGGAGCACGCGAUCGCACAGCUCGGUUGUGGAAGGUCGUCGAAGAAACGCAGCUAGUCUUUCGUGGCGGAUCAUCGAAACACACAUAUCAGGAAAAUACCAUCGACUGUGUAGCACCUCUACCCCCUACCCAUUUUGUCACGGGCUCAGAUUCUGGCUCCAUUUCCCUCUGGUCCAUUCACAAGAAGAAGCCUCUCCACACCAUCCAAUGCGCUCACGGCUUAGACCCUCUCCCUCCGCUAGACGAGCUCUCAGCUGAGGUCGAUCAGAAGCUCGCGGACUCAAACUCCCGUUUUCUUCGGCGCAUGCCCCGCUGGAUCACAGCUUUGGCAACGGUUCCCGGCACCGACAUCGUUCUUAGCGGCAGCUGGGACGGCUUCAUCCGAGCCUGGAAGGUUUCCGAGGACAAGAAGACAAUCAUACCGCUUGGCCCCGUCGGCGGAGGAAAGCUCGGUUCUGCGACACAGGACACACCAUCUCGACAGCUCAAACAGACUCUCGAGUUUAACACAGCCGCCGACGCGGACUCCAUGUCCGUCGACGAACCCCAGAAUCAACACACCGAGGACACCAAGAACGAAGCUGAACCUCUCAUCAAGGGUGUCAUCAACGAUAUUGCCGUGUUUGAGCGUCGUGCCGACACGGCCAAACCCGGCCAAGGCCAGGCCGAGUCCAAGACCAAGACCAAGUCAUCCGAACCCGAGCCCCGCGGUCUCUGCAUCGUCGCUGCUGUUGGGAAGGAACACAGGUUCGGGCGCUGGAAGUGCUUUGCGAACAAUUUUCACGAGGGAUCUGCAGCUGACGGCCGCAACGGCGCGGUGGUCUUUGAAGUUCCCUUUAUCUCUGACAGCAAGCAGUGA